AUGGUGCAGGCACUGAGGGAGAGCAGGGCGCAACUGGUGCGCGAGCAGAUGGGCAGCAAUGGGAGUGCUGUGACUGCUGGGAACGCUUGGGCUGCUGGCACUGCUGAGAUUGCUGGUGCCGGGGUGCCAGAGAGAACAGUGGAGCAGCAGGGGGCGAUGGUGCAGGCACUGAGGGAGAGCAGGGUGCAGCUGGUGCGGGAGCAGAUGGGUGUCAGUGUUGGUGUCACUGCAGUCACUCAUGGGAACGCUUGGGCUGCUGGGACUGCAGGGACUGUUGGGAAAGCUGGAGCAGGGGUGUGGAGUGGUAGGUGCACGGAUGAGGCAGAUGCAGUGCAAGCAGGAGGAACAGGCAUGCAGGAGGAGCAGGCAUGCAGGAGGAGCAGGAAUGCAGGAGGAGCAGGCAUGGAGCAUGGUGUGCAGGACGCAGCAGCCAUAGAGCGCAUGGUGUGCAGGACGCAGCAGCCACAGAGCGCAUGGUGUGCAGGACGCAGCAGCCAUAGAGCGCAUGGUGUGCAGGACGCAGCAGCCAUAGAGCGCAUGGCACACUCAAUGCAGGAGGCACAAGGAAAGGAGGCACGGUCAAUGCAGGAGGCUCAAGGAAGGAGGCACGGUCAAUGCAGGAUGCGCAAGGAAGGAGGCACGGUCAAUGCAGGAGGCGCAAGGAAGGAGGCACGGUCAAUGCAGGAGGCGCAAGGAAGGAGGCACGGUCACUGCAGGAGGCGCAAGGAAGGAGGCACGGUCACUGCAGGAGGCGCAAGGAAGGAGGCACGGUCACUGCAGGAGGCGCAAGGAAGGAGGCACGGUCACUGCAGGAGGCGCAAGGAAGGAGGCACGGUCACUGCAGGAGGCGCAAGGAAGGAGGCACGGUCACUGCAGGAGGCGCAAGGAAGGAGGCACGGUCACUGCAGGAGGCGCAAGGAAGGAGGCACGGUCACUGCAGGAGGCGCAAGGAAGGAGGCACGGUCACUGCAGGAGGCGCAAGGAAGGAGGCACGCUCACUGCAGGAGGCGCAAGGAAGGAGGCACGCUCACUGCAGGAGGCGCAAGGAAGGAGGCACGCUCACUGCAGGAGGCGCAAGGAAGGAGGCACGGUGACUGCAGGAGGUGCAAGGAAGGAGGCACGGUGACUGCAGGACGCGCAAGGAAGGAGGCACGGUCACUGCAGGACGCGCAAGGAAGGAGGCACGGUCACUGCAGGACGCGCAAGGAAGGAGGCACGGUCACUGCAGGACGCGCAAGGAAGGAGGCACGGUCACUGCAGGACGCGCAAGGAAGGAGGCACGCUCACUGCAGGACGCGCAAGGAAGGAGGCACGCUCACUGCAGGACGCGCAAGGAAGGAGGCACGCUCACUGCAGGAGGCGCAAGGAAGGAGGCACGCUCACUGCAGGACGCGCAAGGAAGGAGGCACGCUCACUGCAGGAGGCGCAAGGAAGGAGGCACGGUCACUGCAGGAGGCGCAAGGAAGGAGGCACGGUCACUGCAGGAGGCGCAAGGAAGGAGGCACGGUCACUGCAGGAGGCGCAAGGAAGGAGGCACGGUCACUGCAGGAGGCGCAAGGAAGGAGGCACGGUCACUGCAGGAGGCGCAAGGAAGGAGGCACGGUCACUGCAGGAGGCGCAAGGAAGGAGGCACGGUCACUGCAGGAGGCGCAAGGAAGGAGGCACGGUCACUGCAGGAGGCGCAAGGAAGGAGGCACGGUCACUGCAGGAGGCGCAACGAAGGAGGCACGGUCACUGCAGGAGGCGCAACGAAGGAGGCACGGUCACUGCAGGAGGCGCAACGAAGGAGGCACGGUCACUGCAGGAGGCGCAAGGAAGGAGGCACGGAGGCGCAAGGAAGGAGGCACGGUGACUGCAGGAGGCGCAAGGAAGGAGGCACGGUCACUGCAGGAGGCGCAAGGAAGGAGGCACGCUGACUGCAGGAGGCGCAAGGAAGGAGGCACGGUCACUGCAGGAGGCGCAAGGAAGGAGGCACGGUCACUGCAGGAGGCGCAAGGAAGGAGGCACGGUCACUGCAGGAGGCGCAAGGAAGGAGGCACGGUCACUGCAGGAGGCGCAAGGAAGGAGGCACGCUCACUGCAGGAGGCGCAAGGAAGGAGGCACGCUCACUGCAGGAGGCGCAAGGAAGGAGGCACGCUCACUGCAGGAGGCGCAAGGAAGGAGGCACGCUCACUGCAGGAGGCGCAAGGAAGGAGGCACGCUCACUGCAGGAGGCGCAAGGAAGGAGGCACGCUCACUGCAGGAGGCGCAAGGAAGGAGGCACGCUCACUGCAGGACGCGCAAGGAAGGAGGCACGCUCACCGCAGGACGCGCAAGGAAGGAGGCACGCUCACCGCAGGACGCGCAAGGAAGGAGGCACGCUCACCGCAGGACGCGCAAGGAAGGAGGCACGCUCACCGCAGGACGCGCAAGGAAGGAGGCACGCUCACCGCAGGACGCGCAAGGAAGGAGGCACGCUCACCGCAGGACGCGCAAGGAAGGAGGCACGCUCACCGCAGGACGCGCAAGGAAGGAGGCACGCUCACCGCAGGACGCGCAAGGAAGGAGGCACGCUCACCGCAGGACGCGCAAGGAAGGAGAGGAGGCACGCUCACCGCAGGACGCGCAAGGAAGGAGGCACGCUCACCGCAGGACGCGCAAGGAAGGAGGCACGCUCACCGCAGGACGCGCAAGGAAGGAGGCACGCUCACCGCAGGACGCGCAAGGAAGGAGGCACGCUCACCGCAGGACGCGCAAGGAAGGAGGCACGCUCACCGCAGGACGCGCAAGGAAGGAGGCACGCUCACCGCAGGACGCGCAAGGAAGGAGGCACGCUCACCGCAGGACGCGCAAGGAAGGAGGCACGCUCACCGCAGGACGCGCAAGGAAGGAGGCACGCUCACCGCAGGACGCGCAAGGAAGGAGGCACGCUCACCGCAGGACGCGCAAGGAAGGAGGCACGCUCACCGCAGGACGCGCAAGGAAGGAGGCACGCUCACCGCAGGACGCGCAAGGAAGGAGGCACGCUCACCGCAGGACGCGCAAGGAAGGAGGCACGCUCACCGCAGGACGCGCAAGGAAGGAGGCACGCUCACCGCAGGACGCGCAAGGAAGGAGGCACGCUCACCGCAGGACGCGCAAGGAAGGAGGCACGCUCACCGCAGGACGCGCAAGGAAGGAGGCACGCUCACCGCAGGACGCGCAAGGAAGGAGGCACGCUCACCGCAGGACGCGCAAGGAAGGAGGCACGCUCACCGCAGGACGCGCAAGGAAGGAGGCACGCUCACCGCAGGACGCGCAAGGAAGGAGGCACGCUCACCGCAGGACGCGCAAGGAAGGAGGCACGCUCACCGCAGGACGCGCAAGGAAGGAGGCACGCUCACCGCAGGACGCGCAAGGAAGGAGGCACGCUCACCGCAGGACGCGCAAGGAAGGAGGCACGCUCACCGCAGGACGCGCAAGGAAGGAGGCACGCUCACCGCAGGACGCGCAAGGAAGGAGGCACGCUCACCGCAGGACGCGCAAGGAAGGAGGCACGCUCACCGCAGGACGCGCAAGGAAGGAGGCACGCUCACCGCAGGACGCGCAAGGAAGGAGGCACGCUCACCGCAGGACGCGCAAGGAAGGAGGCACGCUCACCGCAGGACGCGCAAGGAAGGAGGCACGCUCACCGCAGGACGCGCAAGGAAGGAGGCACGCUCACCGCAGGACGCGCAAGGAAGGAGGCACGCUCACCGCAGGACGCGCAAGGAAGGAGGCACGCUCACCGCAGGACGCGCAAGGAAGGAGGCACGCUCACCGCAGGACGCGCAAGGAAGGAGGCACGCUCACCGCAGGACGCGCAAGGAAGGAGGCACGCUCACCGCAGGACGCGCAAGGAAGGAGGCACGCUCACCGCAGGACGCGCAAGGAAGGAGGCACGCUCACCGCAGGACGCGCAAGGAAGGAGGCACGCUCACCGCAGGACGCGCAAGGAAGGAGGCACGCUCACCGCAGGACGCGCAAGGAAGGAGGCACGCUCACCGCAGGACGCGCAAGGAAGGAGGCACGCUCACCGCAGGACGCGCAAGGAAGGAGGCACGCUCACCGCAGGACGCGCAAGGAAGGAGGCACGCUCACCGCAGGACGCGCAAGGAAGGAGGCACGCUCACCGCAGGACGCGCAAGGAAGGAGGCACGCUCACCGCAGGACGCGCAAGGAAGGAGGCACGCUCACCGCAGGACGCGCAAGGAAGGAGGCACGCUCACCGCAGGACGCGCAAGGAAGGAGGCACGCUCACCGCAGGACGCGCAAGGAAGGAGGCACGCUCACCGCAGGACGCGCAAGGAAGGAGGCACGCUCACCGCAGGACGCGCAAGGAAGGAGGCACGCUCACCGCAGGACGCGCAAGGAAGGAGGCACGCUCACCGCAGGACGCGCAAGGAAGGAGGCACGCUCACCGCAGGACGCGCAAGGAAGGAGGCACGCUCACCGCAGGACGCGCAAGGAAGGAGGCACGCUCACCGCAGGACGCGCAAGGAAGGAGGCACGCUCACCGCAGGACGCGCAAGGAAGGAGGCACGCUCACCGCAGGACGCGCAAGGAAGGAGGCACGCUCACCGCAGGACGCGCAAGGAAGGAGGCACGCUCACCGCAGGACGCGCAAGGAAGGAGGCACGCUCACCGCAGGACGCGCAAGGAAGGAGGCACGCUCACCGCAGGACGCGCAAGGAAGGAGGCACGCUCACCGCAGGACGCGCAAGGAAGGAGGCACGCUCACCGCAGGACGCGCAAGGAAGGAGGCACGCUCACCGCAGGACGCGCAAGGAAGGAGGCACGCUCACCGCAGGACGCGCAAGGAAGGAGGCACGCUCACCGCAGGACGCGCAAGGAAGGAGGCACGCUCACCGCAGGACGCGCAAGGAAGGAGGCACGCUCACCGCAGGACGCGCAAGGAAGGAGGCACGCUCACCGCAGGACGCGCAAGGAAGGAGGCACGCUCACCGCAGGACGCGCAAGGAAGGAGGCACGCUCACCGCAGGACGCGCAAGGAAGGAGGCACGCUCACCGCAGGACGCGCAAGGAAGGAGGCACGCUCACCGCAGGACGCGCAAGGAAGGAGGCACGCUCACCGCAGGACGCGCAAGGAAGGAGGCACGCUCACCGCAGGACGCGCAAGGAAGGAGGCACGCUCACCGCAGGACGCGCAAGGAAGGAGGCACGCUCACCGCAGGACGCGCAAGGAAGGAGGCACGCUCACCGCAGGACGCGCAAGGAAGGAGGCACGCUCACCGCAGGACGCGCAAGGAAGGAGGCACGCUCACCGCAGGACGCGCAAGGAAGGAGGCACGCUCACCGCAGGACGCGCAAGGAAGGAGGCACGCUCACCGCAGGACGCGCAAGGAAGGAGGCACGCUCACCGCAGGACGCGCAAGGAAGGAGGCACGCUCACCGCAGGACGCGCAAGGAAGGAGGCACGCUCACCGCAGGACGCGCAAGGAAGGAGGCACGCUCACCGCAGGACGCGCAAGGAAGGAGGCACGCUCACCGCAGGACGCGCAAGGAAGGAGGCACGCUCACCGCAGGACGCGCAAGGAAGGAGGCACGCUCACCGCAGGACGCGCAAGGAAGGAGGCACGCUCACCGCAGGACGCGCAAGGAAGGAGGCACGCUCACCGCAGGACGCGCAAGGAAGGAGGCACGCUCACCGCAGGACGCGCAAGGAAGGAGGCACGCUCACCGCAGGACGCGCAAGGAAGGAGGCACGCUCACCGCAGGACGCGCAAGGAAGGAGGCACGCUCACCGCAGGACGCGCAAGGAAGGAGGCACGCUCACCGCAGGACGCGCAAGGAAGGAGGCACGCUCACCGCAGGACGCGCAAGGAAGGAGGCACGCUCACCGCAGGACGCGCAAGGAAGGAGGCACGCUCACCGCAGGACGCGCAAGGAAGGAGGCACGCUCACCGCAGGACGCGCAAGGAAGGAGGCACGCUCACCGCAGGACGCGCAAGGAAGGAGGCACGCUCACCGCAGGACGCGCAAGGAAGGAGGCACGCUCACCGCAGGACGCGCAAGGAAGGAGGCACGCUCACCGCAGGACGCGCAAGGAAGGAGGCACGCUCACCGCAGGACGCGCAAGGAAGGAGGCACGCUCACCGCAGGACGCGCAAGGAAGGAGGCACGCUCACCGCAGGACGCGCAAGGAAGGAGGCACGCUCACCGCAGGACGCGCAAGGAAGGAGGCACGCUCACCGCAGGACGCGCAAGGAAGGAGGCACGCUCACCGCAGGACGCGCAAGGAAGGAGGCACGCUCACCGCAGGACGCGCAAGGAAGGAGGCACGCUCACCGCAGGACGCGCAAGGAAGGAGGCACGCUCACCGCAGGACGCGCAAGGAAGGAGGCACGCUCACCGCAGGACGCGCAAGGAAGGAGGCACGCUCACCGCAGGACGCGCAAGGAAGGAGGCACGCUCACCGCAGGACGCGCAAGGAAGGAGGCACGCUCACCGCAGGACGCGCAAGGAAGGAGGCACGCUCACCGCAGGACGCGCAAGGAAGGAGGCACGCUCACCGCAGGACGCGCAAGGAAGGAGGCACGCUCACCGCAGGACGCGCAAGGAAGGAGGCACGCUCACCGCAGGACGCGCAAGGAAGGAGGCACGCUCACCGCAGGACGCGCAAGGAAGGAGGCACGCUCACCGCAGGACGCGCAAGGAAGGAGGCACGCUCACCGCAGGACGCGCAAGGAAGGAGGCACGCUCACCGCAGGACGCGCAAGGAAGGAGGCACGCUCACCGCAGGACGCGCAAGGAAGGAGGCACGCUCACCGCAGGACGCGCAAGGAAGGAGGCACGCUCACCGCAGGACGCGCAAGGAAGGAGGCACGCUCACCGCAGGACGCGCAAGGAAGGAGGCACGCUCACCGCAGGACGCGCAAGGAAGGAGGCACGCUCACCGCAGGACGCGCAAGGAAGGAGGCACGCUCACCGCAGGACGCGCAAGGAAGGAGGCACGCUCACCGCAGGACGCGCAAGGAAGGAGGCACGCUCACCGCAGGACGCGCAAGGAAGGAGGCACGGUCAAUGCAGGAGGUUGCACAAGGAAGGAGGCACGGUCAAUGCAGGAUGCACAAGGAAGGAGGCACGGUCAAUGCAGGAUGCACAAGGAAGGAGGCACGGUUAAUGCAGGAUGCAGGGACGGAGAUCAAGGCGGGGGUAGGGAUCAAGGGGGAAGGAUGCAGGGACGGAGAUCAAGGCGGGGGUAGGGAUCAAGGGGGAAGGAUGCAGGGACGGAGAUCAAGGCGGGGGUAG